GGGUCUCGAUGACUAGGAGGCCGCAGUGACUUCUCGUAAAAAGUUGUACGGGUCGCCGCCAAGCCCAAAACUGCCGCGGACCGAACGGCGAACGUUGUUCCCGCGCCGCCAAGCUCCCGGGUCCCCGCGGGCCGAGCCGAGCCGUGGGGUCUCCCACUCCGCACGCAGGGGCGGCGAGGCGGGCGCAGUGACGCACGGAGGCGUGACGCGACGACGCAGCGCGACGCGGUGACGCACGCCCCUUUGUUGGCUCAGUAGCGGUAGCAGCGGCAGUGGAGGUGGCGCUGGGGACUGUUUUCUCCCGGAGGCCGGAGCAGAGCCGUGUCUGACUGAGGCGAACAGCAGGCAGACCCCUUGCUCCCUCCGUCUCCUGCCGCGCCCUCCCGGCUGCCACCCGUCGCUUGCCGCCGCGCCCAGGGAGGAGCCGCGGCCCGCGGGGCCGAAGCCAGGCCUGCGUCCGGACGUUCCCCGGAGCCGGAGCCUGGCGUCCCCGCCCUCUGCCCGCCUCGGCCAGCGUCCGCCGGGCCUCAGCGCGUCGCGCCAUGGACUCGGACGAGGGCUACAACUACGAGUUCGACGAGGACGAGGAGUGCAGCGAGGAGGACAGCGGCGCCGAAGAGGAGGAGGACGAGGACGAGGACGAGCCGGACGAUGAUAACCUGGACCUGGGCGAGGUGGAGCUGGUGGAGCCCGGGCUGGGCGUCGGCGGGGAGCGGGACGGACUGCUGUGCGGGGAGACGGGCGGCGGCGGUGGCAGCGCCCUGGGGCCCGGGGGCGGCGGCGGCGGCGGCGGCGGCGGCGGCGGUGGUGGCGGCCCGGGACACGAGCAGGAGGAGGAUUACCGCUAUGAGGUGCUUACGGCCGAGCAGAUUCUCCAGCACAUGGUGGAAUGCAUCCGGGAGGUCAACGAGGUCAUCCAGAACCCAGCAACUAUCACAAGAAUACUCCUUAGCCACUUCAAUUGGGAUAAAGAGAAGCUAAUGGAAAGGUACUUUGAUGGAAACCUGGAGAAGCUCUUUGCUGAGUGUCAUGUAAUUAAUCCAAGUAAAAAGUCUCGAACACGCCAGAUGAAUACAAGGUCAUCAGCACAGGAUAUGCCUUGUCAGAUCUGCUACCUGAACUACCCUAAUUCGUAUUUCACUGGCCUUGAGUGUGGACAUAAGUUUUGUAUGCAGUGCUGGAGUGAAUAUUUAACUACUAAAAUAAUGGAAGAAGGCAUGGGACAGACUAUUUCGUGUCCUGCUCAUGGUUGUGAUAUCUUAGUGGAUGACAACACAGUUAUGCGUUUGAUCACAGAUUCAAAAGUUAAAUUAAAGUAUCAGCAUUUAAUAACAAAUAGCUUUGUAGAGUGCAAUCGACUGUUAAAGUGGUGCCCUGCCCCUGAUUGUCAUCAUGUUGUUAAAGUCCAAUAUCCUGAUGCUAAACCUGUUCGCUGCAAAUGUGGGCGCCAGUUCUGCUUUAACUGUGGAGAAAAUUGGCAUGAUCCUGUUAAGUGUAAGUGGUUAAAGAAGUGGAUUAAAAAGUGUGAUGAUGACAGUGAAACCUCCAAUUGGAUUGCAGCCAACACAAAGGAAUGUCCCAAAUGCCAUGUCACAAUUGAGAAGGAUGGCGGUUGUAAUCACAUGGUCUGUCGUAACCAGAACUGUAAAGCAGAGUUUUGCUGGGUGUGUCUUGGCCCUUGGGAACCACAUGGAUCUGCCUGGUACAACUGUAAUCGCUACAAUGAGGAUGACGCCAAGGCAGCAAGAGACGCACAGGAGCGAUCCAGAGCAGCCCUGCAGAGGUACCUGUUCUACUGCAAUCGCUAUAUGAAUCACAUGCAGAGUCUGCGCUUUGAGCACAAACUCUAUGCUCAAGUGAAGCAGAAAAUGGAGGAGAUGCAGCAGCACAACAUGUCCUGGAUUGAGGUGCAGUUCCUGAAGAAAGCAGUCGAUGUGCUCUGCCAGUGCCGUGCCACACUCAUGUACACUUACGUCUUCGCUUUCUACCUCAAAAAGAAUAACCAGUCCAUUAUCUUUGAGAAUAACCAAGCAGAUCUAGAGAAUGCCACAGAGGUACUUUCGGGCUACCUCGAACGAGAUAUUUCCCAAGAUUCUCUGCAGGAUAUAAAGCAGAAAGUACAAGAUAAGUACAGAUACUGUGAGAGUCGACGAAGGGUUUUAUUACAGCAUGUGCAUGAAGGCUAUGAAAAAGAUCUGUGGGAGUACAUUGAGGACUGAGAAUGGCCCUGCAUAAAAUGAACUCUGAAAACUUUACCAUCUAGAGUGCUCAUGCAAUUAAAACAAAACAAACACAAACACAAACAAGGAGGCACCAAGCCUGUUCUGACACCGCUGGUCUGUAGUUCCAGGAUUCUGUUUUGUUGACAGAAAGUUUAAGUAAAUUAUAUUGUAAUAAAAAAAGGUAGAUAAACCAUUGUACAACAGUAUUCUAGGCCGCCAACAAAAGUGUGACAGACACACUAAAAGCCCUCCAAACUUUAACUUGUAACGUAGCUUCAUUCUCAAAGCUGACUCCUUCUUUUUCUUUUUCCUAAGUGUAGUACAGUUAAAAUUCCACAUAGCUCCUUGACCCUGCUCUUCAUGUCCAAACCAGCCAUUUGUUGUACUUUGUAAAGGACCUCUUCCCCUCCUCCUCACACAUAGGAACACACCCACACACAGACGCCCCAGGUCAAAAUUCUCAGGAUGGGGAAGGGGAUAGGCAGAAAGAGGAUUGAACAACACACACAUGAGAAAAGAAAAAAAAGAAAAGAAAAAAAACUUUGUAUAUGACUUUUAAAACAAGAGGACAACACAGUAUUUUUCAAAAUUGUAUAUAGCGCAUAUGCAUGGACAAAGCAAGCGUGGCACGUGUUUGCAUAAUGUUUAAUUACAAAAAAUAUUUAUUCUUUAAAAAUCUUCAAGAUUAUGUCUAUUUGCUGUGCAUUUUCUUUCAGUUUGCUUUCUUUCCAGGGAUGGGGUUGGGAUAAAUGUGUGUUUGUUUAGCACCUCUAGAAGACCUUACUAGAGCUCUUCAUUUUCCCUUUCCUGAGGUUCCUUUGCCCUUCUGAUUUGGGUUAUGCUGUUUGCUGGCCAUGGCCUUCAUGCCUUGAAUUCCCAGCUUUUGAUCAGGAACCGGAAUGUCAAGUUCUAAGUGCUAUGGCCCAUACCAGGCAGCUCCAGGACUUUGUGACUGCAGCUCACAAAUAAUCCUGUGGUGAGCCUGCUCCCCUCUGUGGGCUCAGGCCUCUCCCGACUUCAGGUGCCUGGGUCAUGCACAUAGACUUCCUGAGUUCCCAUCACAUCCAGAGGAAGUGUCUCAUGAACUUCUUUUCCUGUUUUUGUUUUUCCUUAAUUGCUGCUUUGAGCCUCUUAGUAAGAUUUCAGUUAUGGCUCGUCCUUCACCCUUGGGUGAUAGGAUGUCAAAUAGAGUGAUUUUGCUUUAAAUAUAAGUAUAUAGCCAUCCACUACAGAGUCUCAGAUUGUGAACUGAAGAUGGCAGAUAUGGAAUGGCUUGUGUGUGUCGCUGUGGGCUCAGUUUGAAAGAAAACACCACUAGGAAAUUAUAAUCCCAUCCAGGGCGUUUACAUAGGAAUCACUUCUGUUUGCUUCUUUUCUGUUGUCAGCAGAUAGGAGAAUUAAUCCAGCGUUUUAGCUCUGACGUCCAUUUUUUUAUGGCCUUUCUACUAAGAGCUAUGUUAAAAGUAAAGGAUGGUGGUGGUUUUAUUAACUAUAUACCUGUUCAGGCCAUUCUGGCUGUGUAUUUUUCAACAGGUCAGCGUCCCUAAAUCUGUCAAUUUUAUACAAGUGUGUAGCAUGAACUAGGCAACUAGAUUAAGAGGUCUGAAUACAAAAUACCGCUUUGAACUGAGACCUCUUUGUCUUCCUUUCAGUGUCUUGUGCCUAGGACGUGUUUACCACACGUGAGGCAGCCUCGUCUGCUCUUGCACUGUACAUCUUACUACACCAUUGGGAAGUCGGCUCACUUUCCUCUGGCCUUUUGCCUAAGUUAGGCUUUGCUGAAUCAACCCUACUUUUCCUUUUAGAAAAGGUUACAUGAGAUGUACUUGCAAUUGUUCUUUUCCCAUCAAAAACCAGUGAAUGUUUGCUGAGUACAUUAUGCUGCUUCCUAAACCACUUGUUGCUUUAGGAUCGACUUUACCUGUACCUUGUUCUUCCCUUUCUUGCCACCUCAGGUGAAAAUCUGAACUCAGUGUCCGCUUCUUCCAUAUUCUCUAUUUCUCCCUGCCUCAUCAUCCUACUUGACCUUUUAUCUGCAUCAAUCUUAAAUGACAUUUAUGAAGACUAAGGAGUUUUGUUUUUUUUUUUUAAGGAAAGCUUGAAGAAGUUCCUUUCCCUGGUAACUUUGAAGAGCAGCCCAGAGUUGCUGCAUAGAUGUAUGUGGCUCCCUUCAAAUGCUUCGUGUGUGUGGUGGUUUUCAGCCAUUUUCCCGGGUAACUCAGCAGCGUCUAGGUCUGAGUGUCAUUCAUCCUCUCCCUGUGCUCCUCGGCCACAAGACUCCAAGACUCCAGAAGCAGCGUGCACUUCCUCAGUCCCCCACCCGUGGAGGAGCGGUACUUUCUAGAGCUGCUCUCUAGUUUCAGUGUCACCAUAAUACCUGAGGACACUGUAGUUGGGUGCAUUUGCUAAUUGGUAUGACAAGGUGAACUGGCCUUUUCUACUUCCAAGCUUUUACUAGAUCCUCCUAUUUGACAGGAUUCCCAGAAUUAACUGCUCUUGUUAGUAGCUUCAGUGCCCCCAGCUGGGCUAGGCAAGCCAUAUUAUACUACAGCUUCCCUGUUACACCUAUCUGAGUCUGUCAGAGGGUUCAUAGUCAGCACAAGGGUCUCCAUGUCUAUUUGAGGUCAGUGACAUUGUCUUCUGAAAAGUGCAUGCUUCACCCAAGCAAUUCAGUGAGCAGCAGAUGGACUUUCAGUGAUUUACAAUAAAAUUUUGAUCCAAAGCUCAGGACACAAACCACAGUGGUGAAAUGGAGUAGCAUAUAACAUCAGACUAAAUUUUGUGUAAUUUGCUGCCACCCAGAUUGUAUGGUCUUAUGUGUGUUUAAAUAAAUAUAUUAAAUACACGUGUAUAUAUACACACAUGUACAACAGAUCCGAGACUUGACUGACUUGAUUUGAAAUGGCUGAAUCUUCAGCGUACUGUAUGAUUCAACUAUGAAUAGGAAUUCAGAUUUAAUACAAGAGAGAAGAGGAGGUAAUGUGACAAAAUUCUUAUAGCUAAAUAUACCGGUAUAGAGCACUUGGGGAUGGGAUGGGGUGGGUUGGUGAGACAAUCAGAUCGGUAAAUUGAUUAAAUGCUCCUAACCCUGUAAUUUUGUGCAUAGAGCACCCUAUGCUGUGGAAAUAACUGUUGUUAGAUUUUCAUUGUAACUGGACUGUUCAGGUUACCCAGAGGGAAAGAACAUUCCUAAUUCUAAUAAAAUAAACUUUUAUUUUGUUAUUGCA